AUGGUUUCCCAGGGUUCCUCUCCCUCCCUGCUGGAGGCCCUGAGCAGUGACUUCCUGGCCUGUAAAAUCUGCCUGGAGCAGCUGCGGGUGCCCAAGACCCUGCCCUGCCUGCACACCUACUGCCAGGCCUGCCUGGCCCAGCUGGCUGAGGGCGGCCACCUGCGAUGCCCCGAGUGCCGGGAGGUCGUGCCAGUGCCAGCAGAAGGUGUAGCUGCCUUCAAGACCAAUUUCUUCGUCAACGGGCUCCUGGACCUGGUGGCCGCCCGCGCAGGAGGAGACCUACGUGCAGGGAAGCCAGCCUGUGCCCUGUGUCCCCUCAUGGGAGGCACCAGCACCGGAGGGCCAGCCACAGCCCGCUGCCUCGACUGUGCCGACGACUUGUGCCAGGCCUGUGCUGACGGGCACCGCUGCACCCGCCAGACCCAUGCCCACCGAGUGGUAGACCUGGUGGGCUACAGGGCAGGGUGGUACGACGAGGAGGCCCGGGAGCGCCAGGCAGCCCAGUGUCCCCAGCACCCAGGGGAGGCUCUUCGCUUCCUGUGUCAGCCCUGCUCCCAGCUGCUAUGCCGCGAAUGCCGCCUAGACCCCCACCUGGACCACCCAUGCCUGCCCCUGGCUGAGGCGGUGCAGGCCCGGCGACCGGGCCUGGAGGAGCUGCUCACAGGCGUGGACAACAGCCUGGCAGAGCUGGAGGCCACCCGGAUGGCCGAGAAAGAAGCAUUGGCCCAGCUGCGGGAGCAGGCGGCCAAGGUGGGGAUGCAGGUGGAGGAGGCAGCUGAGCGGAUCCUCCGGGCCCUCCUGGCCCAGAAGCAGGAGGUGCUGGGGCAGCUUCGGGCCCACGUGGAGGCCUCUGAGGAGGCUGCUCGGGGGCGGCUGGUGGAGCUUGAGAGCCGGGAGCAGGUGGCCAGGACGGCAGCCACGUUUGCCCGGCGAGUGCUCAGUCUGGGUCGGGAGGCAGAGAUUCUCUCACUGGAGGGGGCAAUAGCCCAGAGGCUCCAACAGCUGCAAGAUUGUCCCUGGACACCUGGACCAUCCCCCUGUCUGCUGCCCCGGCUGGAGCUUCAUCCUGGACUGCUGGACAAGAACUGCCACCUGCUUCAACUCUCCUUUGAAGAGCAGCAACCCCAGAAAGAUGAUGAGAAAGAGGGAGCUGGUCCCCAGCAAGAGGAUGCAGCCCAGAGAGAGGACAGAGCCAAGACAAAGCAGGGAGGUGGGGUCCCAUCGCAGAGUGGGAAUGUCCCCAAGUUCCCAAAAGAGAAGAAAACACAGGUCCAGAAAGAAGUUGGGGCCCAGACCCCAAAAAAGGACAGAGCGCAGGUCCUGAGAGAAGAGGGUGCUCCGACUCCAAAGGAGAACACAGCCCAGGUCCCCAGAGGAGACGGAGGAGCCCAGCCCCAGAGAAGUGGCAGAUCCCACAGGAAGAAAAAUUUCAAAAACAUGUUCCAAUCCCUCUCCCGGGAGUCUAGCCCUGCACCUGGGCCGAGCCUGGAAGGCUCCCGCCUCCUUCCCAAGCCUGUCUUCUUCUGCAGCUUCCCCAUUCGGAUGCCUGGAGACAAGUGGUCUCCCCGGAUCACCGGGCUCUGUCCCUUCGGCUCCCAGGAGAUCUUGGUGGCGGAUGAGCAGAACAAGACACUGAAGCGCUUCUCCCUCAAUGGCGACUACAAGGGCAUUGUACCUGUCCCUGAGGGCUGCUCCCCAUGCAGUGUGGCUACCCUGCAGGACGCGGUGGCCUUCUCGGCCGGCGCCCGGCUCUAUCUCAUCAGACCCGAUGGUGAGGUGCUGUGGCGCCGGACCCUGAGCCACUCCCAGGCCAGCCAUGCCGUGGCCGCCCUGCCAAACAAGGAAAGGGUGGCCGUCAGCGUGUCAGGCUAUGUGGAGGUGUAUAACAUGGAGGGAAACCUGGCCACCCGCUUUAUCCCUGGGGGCAAGGCCAGCCGGGGUCUCCGGGCGCUGGUGUUCCUGUCAACCAGCCCCCAGGGCCACUUUGUGGGGUCCGAUUGGCAGCAGAAUAGCUUGGUGGUCUGUGAUGGGCUGGGUCACGUGAUCGGGGAAUAUAAUGGGCCGGGCCUGCAUGGCUGCCAGCCGGGCUCCGUCACUGUGGACAAGAAGGGCCACAUCUUUCUGACCAUUCGGGAGAUCAACAAGGUGGUGGUACUGGAUCCUAAGGGCUCACUGCUCGGAGAUUUCCUCACAGCCUACCAUGGCCUGGAAAAGCCGCGAGUGACCACCAUGGUGGAUGGGCGGUUCCUUGUCGUGUCCCUCAGUAAUGGGACCAUCCAUGUCUUUCGGGUCCGCUCUCCUGACAGUUAA